UUGACAUUUUAGGGAAAGGACUGGAAGUUUGGUUGGGAAUGUCGUGGAUUCUGAAGAGCUUUCCGGCACUGCUCUUAUUGGUGUACUCACGCGCCGCAGAGGACCAUGACAUUCGAGCGGGCUGCAGCACUGCUGUGAAUGACCUGGUCUACAUCAUGGAUGGCUCCUGGAGUGUGGGAAGUGACGACUUUGAGACAGCCAAGCUCUGGCUAGUCAAUGUCACCAGUGGCUUCGACGUGAGUUCACACUACUCACAGGUGGGUGUAGUACAAUACAGCGACACCCCCAGGUUGGAGAUCCCUCUCGGUCUCCACAAGACCACUCGAGAUCUCAUUAAAGCCAUUGAGGACAUCAGCUAUUUAGGUGGCAACACGCAGACGGGCCGUGCCAUCAAGUUUGCCGUGGACCACGUCUUUGCAUCUUCGCAACGAAGUGACGUGAAGAACCGCAUUGCUGUAGUGGUGACUGAUGGAAAGUCGCAGGACGAUGUUAUGGAUGCUAGCAUUGAUGCGCGAGCACAAGGGAUUAAAGUGUUUGCGGUGGGUGUCGGGACGGAGAUCACCACAUCAGAGCUAGUGACCAUCGCCAACAAGCCAGAGGGUGAAUACGUGCUGUAUGCGGAGGACUACACCAAUAUCGACCGUAUCCGUGAUGCUAUGGAACAGAAGCUGUGUGAGGAAUCGGUUUGCCCCACUCGUAUUCCUGUGGCUUCCCGUGAUGAGAAAGGCUUUGAGCUGAUAUUGGGCAUGAAGAUCCAUCAGAAAGCCAAGAAGAUCCAGGGCUCAUUAGUGUCGGAGACAGCGUAUCUGCUGGACAAGAGCACCGACAUCACUGAAAACACCAGGGAGAUUUUUCCCGAAGGUCUUCCUCCCUCCUAUGUGUUUGUGUCGACUCUGAGGCUGAGAGGGUCUUCAAGAAGGGAAAAGCUGGACCUGUGGAGGGUCCUGUCUAAAGACGGACAGAUCCAGGCGGCUGUCACACUCAACGGACUGGACAAAUCUGUCAUCUUCACUUCCACAGACACAGUUAACGAGGAACAGAGAGUUGCUUUUGAUGCACAAGACAUUGAGGCUCUUUUCGAUGGAGGCUGGCACCAGCUGAAGGUUCUGGUUAGACCCAGACGUGUCUCCUGUUUUCUGGAUGACCAGCAGAUCCAGGAUGAGGCUCUGGAGACUGUGGUUCCCAUCUUCAUCAACGGGAAGACUCAGAUCUCCAAACGCUCUGGCUCUGACGCCACACUUCCUACAGAAAUCCAGAAACUGAGGCUUUACUGCGACCCCCAGCAAAGCGAGAGAGAGACGGCAUGUGAGAUCUACUCUGUGGAUGAUGAACGGUGUCCUCUGGAUCGUGAGCCCACCGAUGAGACUGAAGAGGUGUGCGACUGCAACCACGGCCCGCCGGGGCCAGCAGGACCUCCAGGACCCAGGGGUGUGCGCGGAGAGAGAGGAGGGGAAGGACCUCCGGGCCCAGAUGGUACACCUGGACUCCCAGGUUCAAGAGGAGAGCCAGGAGAUCCAGGUAUACCUGGAGAGAAGGGCGACCUGGGUCCAGCGGGGCCGAGAGGCCAUCCAGGACUUCAAGGGUUAAAAGGUGAUCGAGGAGAGCAAGGGCUGCCAGGGAAACCGGGGCCGCCAGGACCCAUGGGAGCAUCAAAAUCAAACAUUGGGACAGUUGGACUGCCAGGAAAAAAGGGAGAGAAGGGAGGAAAAGGAGAACAAGGACCUCCUGGAGAGCCUGGUCCAAUGGGAAAACCAGGACUCGCUGGGAAUGACGGAGCGACCGGCGCUGCUGGAGCAAAGGGAGAGAAAGGAGACUCGGGGCUGCCGGGCGCUGACGGACCACGAGGAGUUCCUGGAAUGCGUGGUCUUCCCGGUGAGGAGGGAGCGAGCGGAGCGCAGGGUGCGAGGGGAGCACCUGGACAGAAAGGAUCACCUGGGCCAAGAGGAUCUCCUGGCACGCCGGGGCCUUCAGGGCCCUCUGGAGCAGACGGACUCCGUGGACCCAAGGGUAACGCAGGAGAAAAGGGAGAUGCAGGAACUCCUGGAGCCGCAGGUCAAAAGGGUGUCCAGGGUGAGCCGGGAUUUCCAGGACUUCAGGGAGCCAUGGGCCUUCCUGGAUUUAAAGGACACAAGGGAGAGAGAGGAGAACCGGGAGCCAAAGGCAUUCAGGGUGAAAAAGGCAGCAAAGGCCUCCCAGGAUUCCCUGGUUUUCCAGGCGAAGUGGGACCCAGAGGCAGCAAAGGAGAGAAAGGUACGCCGGGUGAAACUGGGGUCAAAGGUCGUGACGGACAGAAGGGAGACACGGGACACAUGGGUGUAGUCGGACCGCGUGGAUUCCCCGGUCAGGAUGGUUUGCCAGGGCUUCCCGGCGCUCCGGGCUUUCCAGGGAAGCCUGGUAAGCCUCCCUCAGAGGAGUCCUUAAUAAAACUCUGUGGGGACAUUUUGAGAAAUCAGCUGCCGCAGCUACUGCAGAUGAUGAAUCCUCAGCGCUGUGAACACUGUGAGACCAUUAAGGGACCGCAGGGACCCCCUGGAGCUCCAGGGCCUAAAGGGUCCAGCGGGUCCCCUGGGUAUCCCGGCAGACAUGGUGCUCAGGGCUACCCAGGACCUCCGGGCAUUCAAGGACCUCCGGGAGUCAAAGGGGACAUGGGCACAAGGGGAUUUAAGGGCAAUAAAGGAGAGAGCAGACCAGGAUACCCAGGGCCUCCUGGAGACACAGGGAUUCAGGGUCCUCGCGGCAGUGAUGGCAUUGGCAUUCCGGGCCCUCCGGGAAUCACAGGUAAAUCCGGGGCUCCGGGCGUUCCAGGGAAGCAAGGUCCCCCCGGGCCGGCCGGAGUGUGCGACAUGUCCAUCUGCUACCAAUCAUAUGACCUCAGGGAGGAGCGCUACAGUAAAGGGCCCGAUUUCUAACACACGCGCUUGAGUGAACACAUGGGCUCAACUCUCAGACGGACAAAAGCCAAAUCCAGAGGAAUUUACCGACAUGGCUUUGGACGUUGUCUGUGCAUUGCUAUGGUGCAAGGAAACAUCAGGAGCUUGUAGAAGAACAACGGUCAUUAGAGAGAAAUUUAAAGACAUGAAACCUGCCUUUUGAUGCACAAAGAGUGGAUCAGUAAACAUCAUUAGCACAAUAGUACAUACAUGAGGUAAUUUGCAAAACAAUACUGCAAAUAUAUUAAUGUGGAUAGAUGUCAAUGUCAUGAACAUUAGUUUAAUUAAUUAUGAGGCAAAUGGCUAUUUUGUUUGCAACAUGUUAUGAGAUGCAGUAAUAAAAGCAUUAGCUCGUUUGUGUUCUAGUACUAAUGAAGACUUCAGGGACAGAUAUUAAUAAUAAAGUGGAUAAGCUUCAUGUUUAAGUUUGUGUUUGGCAAAAAUAUGUUUUUAAUCUUGACUUCAACAAUACUUGACUUGGGAUGUUGGAUUGGACAGCUUUUUAAGACACAGCUGCCAUCAUAUUUUCAUAUUUAAUUGAAUUACUAACUGCUUAACAUUGUUGGCUAGGUUGAUUUAAACAAAGAGCAAUUGUUGUUUUAUAUUAUUUACAUACUUGUGUACUUUUUUAUUCUUGGCACUGCCUGAAGGGAAGGUAAAUACACACUAACCUCACUGAAUAUUAAAUAAAAGGAACACAAACCUUUAUAAUCAAAGCUAUUCAGUUCUGUGUAUUUUAUUCUUCUCUUUUGGCAGUAAAGUGUUUCAGCUGUGUAAGGUUUGGCAGAUGUAAUUAUUUUAAAUACUGUUUUUGUAAGUCCAUGCAAAGUGCUUGUUACAUAAAUAUUGUCUUCCAGUGAAAUCUUGGAUAUCUCAAUUUUCUCUUCUAUAAUCUUUUUCUAUCGAACAUUCAAUUCUUAUCUGUUGUUUUAUUCAUAUUUUUAAAUGAUGCAAAUCUAAUCUGUCAAGAAUGACUUUGUGUGAAUAAAAUGUAAUGGACACUU